AAUGGCCACCUUUUCCCUAACGAGCCAUUGCGAGCGGGGCACGGGCCCCAGUCGGCCGCUCUCCAACGCGUAACCCAAACGAGUCGAACCAGGUCGUUUCAUUGCGUCCCUGCACUUUGCACCAAAGCACCAAUCCAGAGAAGAAAAUUCAAUCCAGUCAAUAUCUGCCUCGUAGGAAGAACACUUUAGUUUGCCACUAACAGGGGAACAGUACACUAUAGCAAGCCUCGACUCAUAGGUCUCUUCGCCUCCCGUCCACCCUCGCCGCGGCGGCUGCAACGCGCUUCUCUUCUCCAACGCCGACUCCCAAUCCCACUCUCUCAGAAGAAUCAGAGAAGAAGAGAAUCCAAGUCCUCAAGCAACGAUGACCGACCACGUUCAGGAACAGGAGAUGGAAAUCGAAGCUCUACAAGCCAUCCUUAUGGACGACAUCGAAGAGAUCGAUUCCACCGAGAGUGGGCUGAGCACAAACAAUCGCUGCUUCCAAAUUGUACUGUCGCCACAGGACGAUGAUAUGGAUGAAUCAAAUUACACUCCAGUUAAAUUGGCUUUGAUAUUCUCUCAUACUGAAAAGUAUCCAGAUGAACCCCCACUUCUGAAUCUUAAAAGCGUACGAGGAAUUAAAUCUGAGGAUCUUUUGGUACUAAAAGAAAAGCUUGAGCAAGAGGUGACUGAGAAUCUUGGCAUGGCAAUGAUCUAUACACUGGCCACAUCUGCUAAAGAGUGGUUAAGUGAAAAAUUUGGGCAUGAGGUCGUGGCCGAGGAUUCCGAUGAAACUGAUACAGCUAAAGAUGAUAUAAUUGUUCCUCAUGGAGAACCGGUUACGAUAGAAACUUUUCUUGCUUGGAGAGAACAAUUUGAAGCUGAAUUAGCACUAGAGCGAGCCAAGCUAAUGCCAGAUUCUGCACUCACAACUCCCAAGGAGAAGAAGCUUACAGGAAGACAGUGGUUUGAGAGUGGGAGACAUGCAGCGAAAGGUGCGGCUGCAGUUGCUGAGGGAUCUGAGGAGGAAGAUGAGGAGGACAUUGACCUUGAUGAUGAUUUUGAAGAUGAUGAAGAAGAUAUGCUUGAGCAUUAUUUGGCACAGAGAUCUGAUAAAUCAUCAGAGGGAUCCAGAAAGUGAAAAUUCUAAGUUUCUUACUUCCCUAUUGAGCCUGCUAUGACCCCUGCGUGGACCAGCUUUUCAGAUUCUGAUCAACCAGGCUGAGCUCAAUUAUGGUUUGUGGGAAUAGGUGGUGUUAUGAGGAAAUCUUUUGAACUUUGCUACUGAGGCCUAAUUGUAUCAGUCAUUAUUGUAACAGCAGCGUCAAUCCUCGUGUCCUGGAAUGUAUUAUCUAAACCUCUUUUUUCUUUAAUAUAUUUACAUUUUUACUUGCAUGUCA